AUGCCAGCACAAACUAAACAAAUACCAGAAAAAGAAAGAUUCAUACAAUGUUGUGCAGAUAUAUCAUUAGAAUUAGUAUCAUCUCUUAAAUCUUCAAAGGACAUAAAUUUAAAUGGAUUAAUAACAAGAUAUGCCAAAAAAUAUAAACUAAAAAAUCAACCAAGAUUAACAGAUAUAAUAUCAUCAAUACCAGAUCAACACAAGAAAUAUCUUAUACCUAAAUUAAAAGCCAAACCAGUUAGAACAGCCUCGGGAAUAGCUGUCGUAGCAGUUAUGUGUAAACCUCAUAGAUGUCCUCAUAUCGCAUACACUGGGAAUAUAUGUGUUUAUUGUCCUGGUGGACCUGAUUCAGAUUUUGAAUAUUCAACUCAAUCAUAUACUGGUUAUGAACCAACAUCAAUGAGAGCUAUUAGAGCAAGGUAUGAUCCAUAUGAACAAGCAAGAGGUAGAGUAGAUCAAUUAAGAAAAUUAGGACAUUCUAUUGAUAAAGUUGAAUAUAUUAUUAUGGGUGGAACUUUUAUGUCUUUACCAAUAGAUUAUAGAGAAGGUUUUAUAACACAAUUACAUAAUGCAUUAACUGGUUUCAAUGGUACUAAUAUAGAUGAAGCUAUUGAAUUCAGUCAACAAUCACAAACUAAAUGUGUUGGUAUAACUAUUGAAACAAGACCAGAUUAUUGUACUGAAACUCAUUUAAGUGAUAUGUUAAAAUAUGGAUGUACAAGAUUAGAAAUUGGUGUACAAUCAGUUUAUGAAGAUGUUGCAAGAGAUACAAAUAGAGGUCAUACUGUUAAAUCUGUGUGUGAAACUUUUGCAGUAGCUAAAGAUGCUGGUUAUAAAGUUGUUAGUCAUAUGAUGCCUGAUUUACCUAAUGUAGGAAUGGAAAGAGAUUUAGAACAAUUUAAAGAAUAUUUUGAUAAUCCAGAUUUUAGAACUGAUGGAUUAAAGUUAUAUCCAACAUUAGUCAUUAGAGGUACGGGACUUUAUGAAUUAUGGAAAAAGGGAUUGUACAAGAGUUAUAAUGCAAAUGCAUUAAUUGAUUUAGUUGCAAGAAUAUUAGCUUUAGUACCACCAUGGACAAGAAUAUAUAGAGUUCAAAGAGAUAUUCCCAUGCCCCUCGUUACUUCAGGUGUUGAAAAUGGUAAUUUAAGAGAAUUAGCAUUAGCAAGAAUGAAAGAUUUUGGUACUUCAUGUAGAGAUGUAAGAACAAGAGAAGUUGGUAUACAAGAAGUUCAUCAUAAAGUUGUACCUGAUCAAGUUGAAUUAAUAAGAAGAGACUAUUAUGCUAAUGGUGGAUGGGAAACCUUUUUGAGUUAUGAAGAUCCAAAACAAGAUAUCUUGAUUGGAUUAUUAAGGUUAAGAAAAGCAAGUAAGAAAUAUACAUAUAGAAAAGAAUUCACAAAACAACCAACUUCAAUAGUUCGAGAAUUACAUGUUUAUGGUUCCGUUGUACCUUUACAUUCAAGAGAUCCAAGAAAAUUCCAACAUCAAGGUUUUGGUACAUUGUUGAUGGAAGAAGCAGCAAGAAUAGCAAAAGAAGAACAUGGAUCAGAAAAAAUUUCAGUUAUUUCGGGAGUUGGAGUUCGAAAUUAUUAUGCUAAAUUAGGUUAUGAAUUAGAUGGUCCUUUUAUGUCUAAAAUGCUUUAA